UUAGUGUUAUCACAACUACUACGUCAUUAUUUUUACUCAAUGUCAAUGAAAUUCACCGUCGUAAUGUCCCAAUUUCUUUUCACGAAACGAUAAUUUUUACAUUCCCGCGAUAUUGAAGAUAUGGGAUGUGUGUUCAGUGUAAAAGUGUUACAUGGAUAAUAAUUUCUCUUCAGUUCAAAUCAAUUUAGUGAAAUUGCAUAUAUAUAUAUAUAUAUAUAUAUAUGUAUAUUUGUAAUAGUGAAUAAUAAAAUUUUUUUGCAAAGUUAAAUUAUAAGUAUGUCUGCUUUCGUAUCAAAAUGGAUAAGAGUAAAGCAUUUGGUAAAAAUAUGUACUAUUAAGAAUCAAAGAUAUACAUGCACGAAUAGUACAGAAGAUAAAUCACCUUUAUCUGGAAUUCGUGUUUUGGAUUUGACUCGAAUUAUUGCUGGUCCCUACUGUACCAUGAUUCUCGGUGAUCUUGGUGCUGAGAUCCUAAAAAUUGAGAAACCAGUUAAUGGGGAUGAGGCACGAAAAUGGGGUCCACCAUUUAUAGAAGGAACUAAAGAAGCAACUUAUUUUCUUUGCGUUAAUAGAAACAAAAAAAGUGUAUGUAUUGAUCUCAAGAAAGGUAAAGAUAUAAUUUACGAAUUAGCACAGAAAUCUGAUGUAUUGGUAGAAAACUAUGUCCCUGGGAAAUUAAAAGAGAUGGGCUUAGGAUAUGAAGAUAUCUCUAAAGUAGCCCCUCGUCUUAUAUAUUGUUCUUUGACUGGUUACGGAUAUGAAGGACCUUACGCUAAUAGGCCUGGAUAUGAUGUGAUUGCUGCUUCUAUAGGGGGUUUGUUACAUAUAACAGGUUCAAAAGAUGGACCACCUUGUAAAGUCGGGGUAGCAGUAACUGAUUUAACAACAGGCUUAUAUGCUCAUGGUGCUAUUUUAGCAGCAUUGUAUCAGAGAAUGACAACCAAUAAAGGACAGUGGAUUCAGUGUAAUUUAUUAUCAACACAGGUUGCUAGUUUAAUCAACAUUGGCUCAAAUUACUUAAAUGGUGGUAAAGAAGCAGUACGCUGGGGUUCAGAACACGAGAGUAUUGUACCUUAUGAAGCUUUUUAUACUAAAGAUGGUUACAUGACUGUAGGAACUGGCAGUGAUGGACAAUUCUUAGAUCUACUUGAAAGAAUGCAAUUGUCUGAAUUAUCCGAGAUAGAUAAAUAUAAAAAUAAUAAGGCUAGAGUAGAAAAUAGAAAUGAAUUAUUAUCAGUUCUUAGAGAAAAGUUUAAAACAAAAACUAAUAAAGAAUGGGAAAUUAUUUUUGAAGGUGCUUCAUUCCCUUAUGGCCCAAUAAAUACAAUAAAACAGGUUUUUGAAGAUCCUCAUAUAAAAUAUAUAAAAUUGGUACAAGAAAUGGAACACCCUACAGGGAAGAAAGUAAAGAUUGUUGGUCCUGCUGUAACAUAUAGUUAUGCUACAAAUAAAGUUCGAAUUGCCCCUCCUAUGUUGGGCCAACAUACUACUGAAAUAUUAAAAAAUGUUUUAAAUUAUACUGAUGAUAAAAUACAAAUCUUAAAGGAAAACAAGAUUGUGCUAUGAGGAAAUAUUUGUCACUUAAGAAAGAUAUAAAAUAUUUUUAGAUUUAUAUUUAUUUAGAUAUAUAAUGAUUAAGUUUAGAAAUGUCAUUUUUAUAAUAUAAUUUUAUUAUACAAUUUUAAUACAAUUACUUAUUGUUUAAUAUAAAUUGUAUAUAGGCUAAAAUAAAUAAAUUCCGAAAUAUAA